AAUGGUUUCAUUUGCUGAACUUCUACAAGCAACAGAAGCAUUUAGUGAAACCAAGCUAAUUGGCAUGGAGAGUUUUGGUUCAGUAUAUAAAGGAACACUCUUGGAUGGGAUGAGAAUUGCGGUAAAGGUAUUUAAUUUGCAACUAGAAGGAGCUUUCAAGAGUUUUGAUGUUGAAUGCGAAGUAAUGCACAACAUUCACCAUCGGAAUCUAGUUAAAAUCAUCAGCAGUUGCACUAACCUGGAUUUCAAAGCUUUAGUACUCGAGUACAUGCCUAAUGGGAGCCUCGAGAAGUCGUUGUAUUCUCACAACUAUUGUUUGGAUAUCCUGCAACGGUUAAAUGUCAUGAUAGAUGUUGCAUCAGCCUUGGAGUAUCUACAUCAUGGUCAUACAACAUCCAAUGUUUAUUGUGAUUUGAAGCCCAGCAAUGUCCUCCUUGAUGAAGACAUGGUCGCACAUGUCGCUGAUUUCGGGAUAGCGAAACUUUUAAGUGAUCGGGACCUUGUGGUGCAAACUAUGACCUUGGCAACAAUUGGGUAUAUGGCACCAGGUGAUGUUCCAUAUUUGUUAUUUAAUUUAGUUCAAGUUCAAUAUGGAAUCGGAGGAAUUGUAUCUACAAGAGGCGAUGUCUAUAGUUUUGGUGUGAUGUUGAUGGAAACAUUCACAAGGAAGAAGCUGACUGAAGAAAUGUUUGUUGGGGAGAUGAGUUUGAUACAUUGGGUAAAUGAAGCAUUGGAUGGUUCAAUAAUUUCUGUUGUGGACUCUAAUUUGAUGGGAAGAGAAGAAGAACAAUAUUUCUCUGUGAAGGAGCAAUGUGUACCAUCUGUCUUUGGUUUGGCCAUGAAAUGUUCAACUGAUUCACCUGAGAAAAGGAUCAACAUGGAAGAAGCCUUGGCAUUCAUUGGUGUCGAUUUGGUGUUCCAUAUUGAGGUAAUCCACGCUGCAAUCCAGAUUCCCGUGGUAAAUACUACACAAGUGUUGGAAGAAGCCCCAAACCUUCGCCGAAUGGGCAUGAAAAGAAGAUGUGUCCAUGGGAUUCCAGUACUCCAGUGGAACGCUAAUGAUGUGCUUGAUGAUGCCAUACUCUUGCUGUCCCUCGUUCUCAGCUUGCAAGCCAUGAGAUAA